AUGCUUCUCCUACCAGCAGCUCUCCUCGCUCUCGUGUCAGAGGUGGCAGCAGAGCAACCGCUGGCUACGGCCAUCAAGAAGCAGCUGCCCAAUCCAAACGAAAAGCUGUUUCCCGACCACCUCGCCUUCGAACCACUCCCUCCAUUGGCCCCUUACGAAGCCGCGAAUCUGUGGCUCGACGGCGACGACGAAGAUUCCUCCAUCAACUCCACGGAGCGCUUUCGCCCUGCCUUCUCGAACCAUUUUCACAACUCGGAAGAGAAUCUGUUCCGACGCGCCGCAAAUGUGCUGGGAAUUCUUCAGAACCGAGCAGCAUGCCCCAGUGGAAUGGAGAGCUGUUCCAGCAUUGGCGCAGAUAACAAGUGCUGUCCGGACGGGACAUACUGCACCGAUGUGUCGAGUUCAGAUGCUGGACAGGUUGCGUGCUGCCCUGACGGAGCCACAUGCGGAGGAGGAAUCGGCAAUUGUCCUUCGACUGCCGUGAGCUGCCCUGCGGAUCUUGGCGGCGGCUGCUGUAUCCCUGGAUAUGUCUGCUUGGGCAUAGGAUGCGUCCCAAGCGCUUCAGCAAGCGGCAUGCCGACGCCGACAGCACCGGCUUCGAGCGUCUCCGAAGUGCAAUCGACCGCCCCUACAGGUUCUGGUGCCACUGGAGCACCGCCAUGGCGGCCCACGGACGUGACUUCCACUUCCGCCUCGGUCUCGUCUUCGUCUUCGUCUUCGGUCUCCUCCACUGCCUUCUCCUCCACCUCCUCGGCGCCUCCCCGAACUACGACUCUAUCGGGCGAGACCCAGACCGGCUGCCCCACCGGCUUCUACGGCUGCCUGGCCACUCAUGGAGGUGGCUGCUGCCGCACCGACCGCGAUUGCCAGACUUCCUCCUGCCCGGCGCCGUCGACCACCAUCGUCUCUCAUGGAGUGACUGUCGUUGUGCCGGCAGGCGACGUGCCGACCGCGACUGCUUCGGACGAGUGUGCCAGCGGCUGGUUCCUCUGCGGAAAGGACGCAGGAGCGGUUGCCGGAUGCUGUCCCAGCGGAUACAAGUGCGGCACUGCGAGCUGCUUCACCUCCUCAGCAUCCCAGACCGCCUCGUUGCAGAAGCAGCAGCCAGAGCCCGAGGCCCCGAACAAGAGCGCAGCUGCCGGAUCAUCGCGCUGCAGCCAUUGGCUGGCGCUGGGAAGCUUCGCUGGAGCUCUCUUCCUUCUUUCGGGCAACAUGUGGUAG